AUGGGAAACGCCAACCAAGGACCCAGCCGGGGCCGGUCACCAGAGCAGAAACAGCGUAGACUUCGUGCAGUAUUCGUCGAGUACCAGCCAACCAAAGACACGAGCAGCCGACUACGUCCAUUCCAUCACGGACGGGUGGUAGUGACGGAAGUGGGCCAGCAUCUAAACAGAGAACCUCUCAAUGCGCAAUCCUCGGGUUUCGUCUACGACAGACAUGACGGCGUGGUCAUUGGCACAACCACCAAGGACAAGGUCUUAGCACAAAAGGACCCUCAGAAAUACGAAGGCUUAGCCAAUGGAUGGCAAUCCGUAUACUACGGUUUUACCGAUCAUUCCUUUGAAGAAAUUGAAAAGAUUGCAAAUGAGCUGGUGCAAGACCAGGUAGAUUCGAAAAUUGGCUACAACAUUGUCUUCAAUCAUUGUCACACCUUUGCAGAGGACCUUGCCCUCCGUAUAGGGCAUGCAACAUCUGUCAAGAGCAUUACCAAGUUCCCCAUCAACUCUGCCAGCAGCCACCGACCAUUUGCAGCAUCCCAGAUCACAAGGGUCUUUGACUAUACUGAUCCGGGAAUAGAAUACAAGAGCAUUGCAGAUGCGAUGCGUGAGGGCCUGACCGAUCAACCUACGGAACUAGAUGAAGAAAGCGUCAUGAUCUCAUCAGUGAUGGGUAUCCAAAUGCCCUUGGAGAAGCCGACUAACGAUAGUGUUGAGAGAUCUGCUACCCAAGGGCGUGAGUCUGUCUCCUCAAGCCCUGGAACUUACUACGGGGAUUCGGAUACCUAUGGGAGAUCAUUCCGGGAUGAGCUACAGCCUGAUUGGUACGCUCGUCCAAGAACACCAGAGAGUGUAGACAAGGUUGCUGAAUCCGACGAAAAAGAUGAUCAUCGAGAGGGCGAUCCUCGUGAAUCUGACAAGAAGGCUGAUCAUGGUGGAGAAUCAUGGCGUUUCGAGGCACCAUUUUAA